UCAGGCGCGGCGGCGGCGGCGGGGCCGGGAUGCACCGGCGGGGGGUGGGGGCGGGGGCGAUCGCCCGGAGGAAACUGACCGAGGCCAAGUACAAGGAGCGAGGGACGGUCCUGGCCGAGGAUCAGCUGGCCCAGAUGUCGCGGCAGCUGGAGACGUUCCGGACUCACCUCCAGGCCUUCGCCAGCCGCCACAAGCAGGAGAUCCGCCGCAGCCCCGAGUUCCGCCUGCACUUCCAGCACAUGUGCGCCGCCAUCGGCGUGGACCCGCUGGCCUCUGGAAAAGGUUUCUGGGCUGAGCUGCUCGGGGUCGGAGAUUUCUACUACGAGCUCGGGGUGCAGAUCAUCGAGGUGUGCCUGGCGCUGCGGCACCGCAACGGAGGGCUGAUCACGCUGGAGGAGCUGCAGCAGCAGGUGCUGAAGGGCCGCGGGAAGUUCGCGCAGGACGUCAGCGCGGACGAUCUGCUCCGGGCCAUCAAGAAGCUGAAGGUUCUGGGCAGCGGCUUCGGGAUCAUCCCGGUGGGAGGAACGGUCCUGGUGCAGUCGGUGCCCGCCGAGCUCAACAUGGACCACACGGUGCUGCUGCAGCUGGCAGAGAAAAAGGGAUUUGUGACAGUCAGCGAGAUCCGGGACAGCCUCAACUGGGAGACGGAGCGAGCGAAGCAGGCGCUGGAGCACCUGCUGAAGGAGGGCAUGGCCUGGCUGGAUCCCAGGCCCAUUCCCGUUAUUCCCAAUCCCGUUAUUCCCGUUAUUCCAGGAGCACCUGCUGAAGGAGGGCAUGGCCUGGCUGGACGCGCAGGCUCCGGCCGAGCCGCAGUUCUGGCUGCCCGCGCUCUUCUCCGAGCUCCACGCCCAGGACGGCGCCGCCGGGCCCUGACGGCGCCGGGAAUCCUCGGGAAUCAUCCCUGGAAUCCUCGGGAAUCAUCCCUGGAAUCCUCGGGAAUCAUCCCUGGAAUCUCGGCUGGAAUCCCCGGGAAUCCCCCCUGGAAUCCUCGGGAAUCAUCCCUGGAAUCCUCGGGAAUCCCCCCUGGAAUCUCGGCUGGAAUCCCCGGGAAUCCCCCCUGGAAUCCUUGGGAAUCCUAGCUGGAAUCCUCGGGAAUCUCCCCUGGAAUCCCGGCUGGAAUCCCCGGGAAUCCCCCCUGGAAUCCUUGGGAAUCCUAGCUGGAAUCCUCGGGAAUCUCCCCUGGAAUCCCCUCCGGAGUCCUUGGGAAUCCCAGCUGGAAUCCCGGCUGGAAUCCUCAGGAAUCUUCCCUGGAAUCCUAGCUGGAAUCUCCCCUGGAAUCCCCUCUGGAAUCUCCCCUGGAAUCCCACCCUUGAAGCCCUCCUGGGAUCCUUGGGAAUCUCCCUCCUGGAGUCUUUGGGAAUUCCUCCUGGAGUUCUCAAAAUCCUGGCUGUGAUCAUUCCCAGGAUCCUCAGGAAUCCCUCCUCGAGCACUUGGGAAUCUCAGAUGGAAUCCCCCCCGGGAUCCUUGGGAAUCCCUCUGGAAUCCCCCCCGGGAUCCUUGGGAAUCCUUCCCGGGGACAGCGGGACUGGGAAUAAAAACUUUUGUACCAAA